GUACUAUGGACAGAGAGGGUGUGGCCAUAGUUUCACCUGAGAACAAAGUGAGCAAGCUUCACCAGUACUGCAACACUGCCAGGCCUCAAAGGACGUACUUUUACGUUGGAUUAUUCUUUCACUUUAAGGGUUACAAUGGACCCUGUAUUCACAAGCGUGAGGCUAAAGGUGGCUGUGCUUAUUCUGGUAACAAUUCAGCUGAGGACAGAUGUAACAGAGGCAAUGCAGGUGACAUCCUCUGGUUCACAGACCAUUCAAAAAGCCCAGGGGGAGACAGUCAUCCUGGGAUGCACCUACACUGCCGCCCCCACAGACAUAGGAGACCUGGAUAUUGAGUGGUACAACGUAAAACCGGACAUGACGCAGAAAGACCAACUGAUCUUAUCAUACACCGGGGGUCAGAUACACCAAUACGGCGACUCCAGUGUCUCCAAAAGGAUCAACUUCACAGGGGACCCCACGUUGGGAGAUGCUUCCAUGUCUGUGUCUAAUCUGAGGGGCUCAGACACAGCCACCUACCAGUGUAAAGUCAAGAAGGGCCCGGGUGUUGACAUGCGAAAAGUCACUUUGAUGGUGUUGGUUCCCCCGUCAGAGACAAGGUGUUGGGUUGAAGGAGGCGAGGAGAAAGGUGGCCCAGUCUCCCUCCGCUGCAAAUCGUCCCAGGGGUCCACUCCUCUCAGUUACGUGUGGACCAGAGAAAGUGGAGGUGCAAUGCCAUCUACUGCAACCCAAAACCCACAGACUGGGGAGCUUUUGAUAAAGAACCAUACAGACAGCAACGUUGGAAGUUAUGUGUGUGAGGCGAGUAACGCUGUCGGCAAAGCACAGUGUAAAUAUGCACUGCGUGCAUACAACCCUACCAACAAGGUGGGUGUCAUAGUUGGGGCGGUGAUAGGCGCUCUCUUGCUGCUGCUCCUCCUCCUGCUUCUCAUCUGGCUCCUGGUCUGCUGCUGCCAUAAGCGCCGCUAUCAGAAAGAGGUCUCAAAUGAAAUAAGGGAGGACGCCAGGGCCCCUGAGAGUAGACCCACCAGCAGAAACUCCAGUUUCCGCUCAGUGUUGGGGUACCGCACCCACCCCGGGGUGGAGUACAGCUCCGUGAGGAGCCACCUGCCCAAUGAACUGGGCUCAUCACAGCUAAAUACUGCAGGGGGAAGUCCUCUGCCUCUCAAAUACGACCAUCGAUAUGGAUACCCUGUGUAACUACAAUCCAAAUGCCUGUGAAACUAAACCUUCUGAAGAAAACCCUUUUUUAAACAUCUUUUAAAGAAUAUGCUAUGUAAAGUAUGUAUAUGACAAAUGGUGCGAAAGGACAUAUUUAACUGGAGAAUUAUGGUGCUGGUAAACGACUACUGGGGACUCACAUCUUACAUCAGCCUUUGGAGAAAUAAAUGUAUAACUGGCUGACUUUCAGUAUACUGUGGCACAUUAUUACAAAAAGAAUAGGUUCUCAUAAUCCAAGUCAUUAUUACACUGAUUCUACUAAAACUGUAUGUAAAUUGUAUAUGUAAAAAAAAAAAAAAACUUUAUUUUUAUUGCUGCGUUUUUUAUAUGAUGCAUAUUUAGCUCAAUC